AUGGAGGACGGGAUGGAGGACGGGAUUGAGGACGGGAUGGAGGACGGGAUGGAGGACGGGCCGAGUGAGAACGAGGAUCAUGUGUCUCGCUGUGUCCUCGUCUCCGUCAUGAACGUGUCAGCCGCACUCGUGCAUCGCCUGGUCCUGAGCACACGGGGGAGCCAGAGGACAGAGAGACGCUUCCUGUCUCAGGCUGCAGAGCUGCGCUGCUACGCGGCCGGCCCGGUGGGGGGGCUGCACCCUGUUCAGGGUCUGCUGGAGACGUUUGAGGCGGGUCCAGGUUGUGCUGCUCGAGAGCGAGGAGACAAGGAGACUCAUGUGGUCGCAGUGAGGAGGUCGAGCAACAGCCCUGGAAACAAGGUAACGAGCCAGAGUCCAGAAACAUCAACACGCUAACGUGUGACGGUGCUGCUGAAGCCUUUGUCUCUGUCUCCGUCACCUGUCAGAACUCUGCACCUGCUGCUCAGCUCCAAGCUGCCGGUCUGCUGGUGGCUGGAGGCCGAGAGACUCCCGACCGAUCUGCCCGUGCACGUGCAGGUGUCCGCAAACUCCAGCGUUCAGUCCCGCUCGCUGCAUCUGCUCGUCCACGUGGUGCAUCCGUUACCGUUCCGUCCGGGUGCGCUGCACCGCUGGGCCCUGACGCACCACGGCAACGUGUCAUCUCUAACGCACACAACACAAGGCAACCGGGUCUACAUCCGCCUGGGAGAGGAUCUAACUUUACCUCCCGUGUGCCAGCUCCAGUCCACGUUCCUCUCACCCAACUACCUGACCUCUGACCUGCAGCCUCAGGAGGUGCAGGGCUGCUCCCCCCCUCCAGCCGCUGGCAUCAACCCUGCGGUCCACGUGAUCAAGCUCCACUCGGCAGGAUCAGGACUCUGUGGGUCUCUGCAGGUGGAGGUGGUCGUCUCGCUCCUGCCCCCGGUGGCCAACAGCAGGGCGCAGGACAUUGUGCUGAUCCUCAGCAGCUCGGUUCCCGUCCACUGGGCCAUCGCUGCUCGUGGUGUCCAGGGUCACAUCUCCGUUCAUUCGUCCAACAGUGUGUCCCCACCGUUCCCCCCCGAGCCGAACCUGACCCUGUCCAGCACCCUGAACUCUGACCUGUCCAUCGUGUCCGACCUUCUCGUCUGGGCCAAUGAGAGCGGCUACACCCAUGUGACCUCCUUCACGGAGGCUGACCUGGCCAAUCGCUUUGUGGUCCAGCUGGCUGGGGGCGGGACAGACGUCCUUGCAGUGAGGACUCCCCUGGUGAUGAGGCCUCCCUGGGCCAGGGAGCGCAGGCUGAGGCAGUGGCUGAACGGUGGAGACGGAGCAGGAGGACGAGAGAGUUUCACGGUGCAGUGUGAGGAUGGACGCCUCAGUGUGACCGUGGACCGACGCAUCCUGCAGACCUUGUCCGUCCCCGUGGCAACCGUGACUCUGCAGGACCCGACGUGCCAGGCUCAGUCCAACGGGAGUCAUUUCCUGUUGGUGUUCCCAGUCAUUUCCUGUGGGACUGAGGGUCUGUUCCUGGGACAUCCCAGAGGGGUGCAGUACACCAACAUGAUGAUCCUGUGGAGGGACCAACCUCAGACGCUUGUUGCCCUCAAUGACACGGAGAGGAAGUCCAAAGGUCCACUGGGCAUCCACUUCAGCUGUCUGGCUGCUGUUCCCAGUGUCGCUGGUCCGGAGGCAAACACUCCUCAAGCCGGACUCGUCCACUGGGCACCGGGGGAACCAGGAGGGCCGGAUCCAGCUCUGGGCCUCCUCCCGGUCCCCAGACACAGACCUGGGCCGGUACUGACUCUGAGACUUUUUGUCACUGAGGAUUACGAUCAGAAGCGGAUCGGCCCCUGUGUCGUCACGGCAGGCCACCGCGUCUAUGUGGAGAUUUCAGCUAAAGGGCCCCUCCCAGACGCUGUGGAGGUGAGGUCGUGUAUCGUCUCUCCUCUGUCAGACCCCAAAAAAUCCCCUUUCUGGACCAUCAUCAGCGAGGGCUGCUCCUCCGACCCCUCGCUCACCCUCAGCGCAGAGGCAAGAGAUGAAGAGGAGGAGGAGGAAGAGGGUGAUGCGGGAGAACUGGAAGAGAUGGAGAGGAUGAAGAAGAGCUCGACCCGGCACGAAUCUGAGAGACGGAGAAGAGAAGCUCCGGGGAGGUGGGAGGAGAGCGGCAGCGACACGGCAGCAGAGGAGGAGACACGGCCGCUGAGGUUCAGCUUCAUCCUGCGACCGGUUCACAACGACUCCAUCCAGUUCCUCCACUGCAGCCUGAACAUGUGCAGCUCCGACUCCACCAGGGGUGAAGCCGUGAAGGAACCGGCAGAGAGGGUGUGUCAGGACGGACUGCGUAUUCCUGCUCUGGUGUCCAAGGCCCCCAAACACCAGUGUGAGAUCAGGACCUUGUCCCGGCCGAUGGUCGUCACCCAGUCCAUCAGCUCGCUGGUCCCCAAGCAGCUGAGACCCCCUGCUGGCCCGAGGACCAAGAGACUGAGUGUGUCCCCUGUGGCGAGUCCGGGGCCCGAGGACAGCAACUCUAUGGUGCAGACGGGACCAGUGAUGGGCGUCGUGUUCGCAGCCUUUGUGAUGGGGGUCAGCCUGAUGGGGGGGCUGUGGUGCAUCUACAACUACAGAGCCAAAGCUCCGACCUCACUUGGAGGAGAAGGUCCAUUAACAGACCAGACUCACGGAGAUCACAACACCUGGAAUCCACCGCUGCCGUCUGAUCAGUCCUCCAGCUCCGUGUAG